CUAAAAAAAAGGUGAAUGAACCGCGCCUCCUCCUUCAUUUUUUCAACACAACUUUCACUUCUAUUUCUCAAAAUUCCCAAAUUUCCCCCUCCGAUUCCCCAUUUCCGGCGACUCCCGCUGCGUGCUCCCCUCCGGCGACUCGUCCACGCCGCCGUUUCCACCGCGCCCCUGCUCGCUCCGCCUCGCUCCGCCCCGCGCCGCUCCCUGCGCUGCUGCCCGCCCCGCGCCUCGCCGCUGGUCGCCCCGCCUCGCGCCGCUGCCGCCCUGCGCCGCUGCCCGUCCCACGCCGCGCUGCUGCUCGCCCCGCCCCUCCCUGGCGCCGUGUCCUCUGCUGCCAGCGCCCGAUUCCUCCGCCGCCACCGGUCCUCCUCCUCCGCGGCCACCGGUCCUCUUCCUCCGCUGCCUGCGUCCGUCGGAUUCCUCCAUAGAGGGAAAAGGGUUUUGGGGUUGGAGUCAAACCUAACAUUGCCGAUUGUUUUCUUUCUGUGCUUCUGCUUCUUUCUUGCUGGUCUAUUUGGAUCCAUCAUCAUAUCUCAGGAUGUGAAUAGGGGUGUAUCCAGGCAUAAAUUGCUGCAAGAUGUUGGAUACGAACAAGGGAAUUCAAUGGUUCAUGGUGAAAGUGGAGAGUCUCUAGUUAGAAGAUCCUGAGUUGGAGACCACGGGCUAUCUAUUAUCCUAAUUUUGCCUCAGAUGAACAGUGCCAAAAUAUAAUUGAACAGGCUAAGAGAAAGCUCAAACCAUCAUCUCUUGCUCUGCGCGAGGGAGAGACUGCUGAGAGCACAAAGGGUAUUCGGACAAGGCAGUGAACAUGUAUCGUGGAGAUAGCACGUCAAAAGGAGGAGAUGAGGCAGAAAGAUGAGCAGACCGAUGCUCGAUUUCAGGCUCAGCAGCGUAUGUUCGAGGAGAUAUUGGCUAGGCUUCCACCUGGACCCACUCCACCCACUGGACCAUCAUCUUGAUUAUGUUGUGUUUUUGUAUUUUGAAUACUUGAAUAUUUCUAUUAUAUAUUUGUGAACACUUGAAUAUUUUGUUAAGUUAUGACUAUUCGAAUGCUAAUUUAAAUUUCA